GCAGAAACAAACAAGAAAAUUAAUUCGAGAGUACAUAAUAAAAAUAUAAAAGCAUACGUAGUAUUUCUAUAAUGUCCCAUUCUAACGUUACUCCAGCCUCGUGGCAUCUCAAACCAAUUAAUGGGGGCUACUAUCAUUUUUCCAAGUCCCCACUGUUUAACUCAUCCACUGCAGUCUGCCACCACCCUUGUUGGUAAGCCACUAUCACUGAUUCUUAUUUGGGAGCUUGUAGACACUCUCUAUUUCUCUCUCUACUUCUUGAUUUCUCUCUCUGUCUGCAAAGACAGCAGUCAACCACAAAGAAAAGCAAGUGAAAAAGAAAAGGAAAAAAGAAAAAAUGACCCCACUACUUCAAUAGUCCAAUUCCACUUGUGCUCUUGAAAAAAAUAGAGAUCCAGACUUUUCCCUCUCUCCCUCUAGCUCUAGCUUAGGGUUGUUUCUUUCCAUUCAGCCCAAGUGGACAGGAAUUGGUAAUUUUACAAAAACCUCAAAAAUUGUUCCUUUCUUUGGUUUUUUUCUCUUUUCAUAUCCAAGAAAGAUGGAUUUUCUUGAGCCACACAAAACCAAGCUUGGUAGUGGGAGUGGGAGUGGCGGAGGCAGUUCCGAACACCGCCGUCCAACCCCACAGCAGACCCAAGAGCCGCCACCCCCACCGCCCUCUUCACUCCAGUUGGUCCCAGUCCAAACUCAACCCGACCCGGAUGUGUCUGGGUCCGGCAAGGCCCCAUCCGACUCAUUCUUGGGCUCCAUUUCAAGACCCACUCUUUCUUCUACUCCCAACAACUCUGCUUCCACCAAAGCUGCAAAGAAACCCUCCAAGGACCGCCACACCAAGGUCGACGGCCGUGGCAGGCGGAUUCGCAUGCCGGCCUUAUGCGCCGCCAGGGUGUUUCAGCUCACGAGAGAAUUGGGUCACAAAUCCGACGGCGAGACCAUUGAGUGGCUGUUGCAGCAAUCUGAACCGGCGAUUAUAGCUGCCACCGGCACCGGCACGAUCCCGGCCAAUUUCUCGUCCCUCAACGUGCCUCUACGAAGCGGCGGGGGCACACUCUCAGCUCCGCCGUCGAAAUCGGGCCCUCUCUUCAUUCACGGCGGCGCUGCCACGGCCAUGCUGGGAUUCCACCACCAGCUCUCGAACGCCGGAUAUGGGCACGACCCGGAGGAGAACUUCAUGAAGAAGAGAUUGAGAGAAGACAGCAGCGGCGGGGCAACCUCGCCGCCGCCGUCGGCCAAGGUAGAAAGAACAUCCGGUCAAGGUCACGAACCGGGUUCGGACUCCAUACCCGUAUCAUCCCAACCCACCUCCAGCUACAUGCCGGCUCCGCCAGCCAUGUGGGCGGUCGCUCCGGCCGCCGGAAACAUGGGGAACACCUUCUGGAUGCUCCCAGUGGGCAGCGGAACCGCCGGAACUACAACGGUGGCGGCGGCCCAGCAAGAGCAACAACACCAUCCGUGGCAGUACAAGGGAACGGGGAUGCAGAGGAUCGGCGGGUUCGAGUUCCCGGGAGGCGGGCGGUUCAAUCCGGUUCAGCUUGGUUCGAUGGUAUUGCAGCAGUCACAGCCGAUUCAGCAGCUGGGGCUUGGCAUCUCAGAGACCAUUCAGACCAAUAUGGGAAUGAUGGCCUCCAUUAAUGAGUAUAGUGGGAACAGGAUUGAUUUGGGUAUGAAUUUGGAACACCAUCAUCAACAUCAACAACAUCAUCAUCAGCAUCAACAUCAUCAUCAACAAAGCCAAUCCCAAGCAAGUGAAAGUGGAGAUGAAAAUCCCACAACUUCCCAGUAAUUUCCUCAAGGAUUUGUUUAAAUUUAUGUUCAUUCAAAGUCCAAACCUUAGUUUUUGUUUGAAUUGCUAUUUAGUUGGGGUUUCUUUGAUGUAAAAUUAAUUAAUUGCCUAUCAUCUUAUUCUGUCAUUCUUGAUCCAAAUGCACAGUGAAUGUCUUUGAAGAAUUGGGAUUUUCUCCUAAUCUCAAAUGCAUAUUCAUUUGGACCAGGAACUACAGAGACACUAGAUUCAAUAUAAGUUAUGGAAGAAGGAUCACUCAUGUAUGUGUCUUAAUUGAAAUAAUGAGUUUAUUAUUCUCCAAUUAACCCCAUGUAUUUCAAAUGUAUAUAAUGGAAGAGAUGUUCCUUUUCUCUUUUCUGUUGACAUUUCUCUUGAGUUCAUCUUGAAAAAAGAAAAAACAUAUCUAUGUAUGACUUGGUUCUACACUUCUACCAACUAUAAGACUUUGACAGUCAAUUUUAUUCAAAUGUAUCAUUUCUUUAGUUCUUCAUCUGUCUUGAUAUUAAUUUUGAACAUUCAUCAUAUUAAAGUAAGCCAAAUAGUCAAUCCUAAAAAGUCAAUGGGGUGGGAGGGAAAAUACAAUAUAUUAUAUGUAC